GUGUUUCACUCGUCGCAAACCUCAUGUAAAUUAUUUCUUAUUAAAACAAAGACAAAAACUUCAAGAAUUCAUAAUUCAUACCAAUAUUUCUCAUUAUGAGAGCACUAAUAGUGAUAGUUGUGCUCAACAUUUCACUAAUCACUGCAUAUAAUGAAUACUCUAAUAAUGUCACAACUGAACUACGAAAACUACUAUUUGUGUCCCGAGAUUACGACCGAUUCGCUCGACCCAUACCUAAGAAUGAUAUAUUCCGAGUGUCUAUUGAUUACAAUCUCAUUCAUAUCACUAAUUUUGCACGACGGGAGCCUCGCGUGGGACACAACAGCGCUCCGACAUAUUCCUAAUAUAAGGAUACCGUCGACUCAGUUAUAUUUACCCGAUUUAAUGAGCUAUAAUAGCGUCGAUUACGGCAGUCCCAGGAUUAUCAACACCAAUGCCAUUGUCUAUAGAAAUGGUAAUGUCUUAUGGGUGCCGCCCAUGACUCUAAAGGCCAUGUGUCGGGUGAACCUCAAGAGAUGGCCAUUCGAUGAACACAUUUGUUUCAUAAAGUUUGGUUCGUGGACUCACGAUGGAUACAUUAUGGAUGUAUUCCCUAUGAAUCGGACAAAUCCGGGUCUUUUGAACGAUAUCUGGAAGAAUACCGAGUUUGACAUCAGUUACAUAAACGUGACGCGAGACGUGAAAUUUUACGAC